UACCCCGCAAUCACGUUCAUGUUCCCAAUGCGGGGAACGUGCUUGAUCCCGUCGUCGACCACAGCGUCGAACGCAAUCCUGCAUGAUGAGGGCCACAGUUCGUCUGCUUUCCCAAGCAUCGCGCAAUGUUUAUACCCCAAGAUCUCAUACCACAGCGUUCAUUGGCCUCGGUCGGAUGGGUUUUGAAAUGGCUUACAAUCUUUUUUCAAAGACACUUGUGGACAGCAAUGGAGCUGCACACUUUGUUGUAUGCGAUGCUCGCAAAGAGUCUGCACUUCGUUUCUCGAGGAACAUGUUGGAACAAUUCCCUGGUGCAAAGAUAGAAGUGGCGUCUACCCCUGCCGAGUGAGUGAUAGUGCUUGUCCUGCGACGUGCCAUACGGGCAUCACAGACUGUCGUGACGAUGCUUCCAUCCUCUCCUCAUGUGCGACAGGUAUAUGAGUCGGAAGCAGAGGGAAUUAUACCGGCUUUACGAUCACUACCAUCGGAGGACAUUCACUCAACACUUUGUAUUGACUCUACCACCCUUGAUGUUCAGGUUGCACGCGACAUGGCUGCAGAAGUCAACAAGUUGGGAGCUACAAUGGUAGACGCGCCGGUAUCUGGUGGUGUGUCCGGAGCGAAAGCUGGUACACUCAGCUUCCUCGUUGGCGGCAGCGAAGCCGCGUUCAAGCGCGUAUCGCCAAUCCUGGCACAUAUGGGGAAGAAGGUAUUCCACUGCGGCCCCAGUGGUGCCGGACUAGGUGCCAAGAUAUGCAACAAUCUUGUCCUCGGUGUGGAACAGAUUGUCGUUGCGGAAGCUAUGCUUCUAGGGCUGAAGCUUGGUUUGGAACCUGCGGUAUUAGCCAGUGUCAUCAACAACUCUACAGGUGCUUGCUGGUCGUCUUCAGUGAACAACCCGGUACCUGGAGCACUGCCCGACAAGGAGCCGCCGUGUACCAGGGACUACGAAGGCGGUUUCGCGACAACGUUGAUGCUGAAGGAUAUGGGGCUCGCGUCGGAAAUUGCUGAUGCCUGUGGCAGUCCGCUACCACUGGGGGAGGCGGCAGAAAAUAUCUAUGCAGAGGUUGUGAAGAAGGAGCCGCAGCUGGCAAAUAAGGAUUUCUCUUCGGUAUACCAUUACCUACGGCUAGCAGCCGACGAGGAGAGCAGAAAGGGGCGGCUUGGACAGUCUGAACGCAUGUAAAAGUGUAGACGAGAGAAUUAAUGAAGAAUGUUCAGCGCAUGGUUAGGGUCUCGGAGCGACGGGCGGCUGAGGGUAUUUGUUUCCGUGGGUGGAGGUCCGAGUCCGAGCAGCAACAGUUGCAGCCUGCGAGCGCUCCUGCCACCCAGCUGUCAAAUUUCUGCGUCCUACGUUUGUUCUCGUCCUCGUCCUUGCAUCCUCCUUCGUUCUUAUUCUAAUUCUCUUUCUCUCUUUCCUUCUCACUUGGCGUAAUAAUCAGCUAUAUAAAGACUAUUUUUGAUCGGAG